CAGAGAAGGGGCGAGAUGGCGUCGUACGUGGAUAACAGCUUCCGCCAGGCGGUGAUGAAGAACCCGGCGGAGAGGAGCCCCCAGGAUUUGGAGAUAGUGUAUUCCUAUUUACAUGGAAUGGAAGCCUUGUCUAAUCUGAGGGAACACCAGCUCAGGCUGAUGUGUGAAACUGUGAGAUAUGAAAGGCAUGAAGCAAACGAAGUUCUGUACUACCCUGAUGAUAUUGGCUCCUGUUGGUAUAUCCUGCUAUCUGGUUCAGUAUUCAUCAAAGAGUCUAUGUUUCUUCCAAGGAGCAGUUUUGGCAAGCGUUCUGCAGGAAGCUUCAGGCGUGGCUGUGAAUGCAUUGUUUUAGAGCCAUCUGAAAUGAUUGUGGUGGACUAUAUGGAUGAAAAUGAAGAAUAUUUCCAGCGUCAAGCUUCCCAUAGACAAUCCCGAAGGAGAUUUAGGAAAAUCAAUCAAAAAGGAGAAAGACAAACCAUUAUUGAUACUGUGGAUCCUUAUCCUGUGGGGAAGCCACCUUUACCUAGAGGUUAUCAUACGGAAUGCACUAAACCUCAGCUUCCUGCAGAUUUCACAAAACUGCAUCUUACUGACAGUCUCCACCCACAGGUGACCCACGUUACCUCUAGUCACUCAGGAUGUAGCAUCACUAGUGAUUCUGGAAGCAGCAGUCUUUCUGAUAUUUACCAGGCCACGGAAAGUGAGGCUGGUGAUAUGGAUCUGAGUGGGUUACCGGAGACUGCAGUGGAUUCUGAGGAUGAUGAUGAUGAAGAAGACAUUGAGAGGGCGUCAGACCCUCUGAUGAGCAGGGAUAUUGUUAGAGACUGCCUGGAGAAAGACCCAAUAGACAGGACAGAUGAUGACAUUGAACAACUAUUGGAAUUCAUGCAUCAGUUGCCUGCUUUUGCCAACAUGACAAUGUCAGUGAGGAGAGAACUUUGUGCUGUGAUGGUAUUUGCGGUUGUGGAGAGGGCAGGAACCAUAGUACUAAAUGAUGGGGAAGAGCUGGACUCCUGGUCAGUUAUAUUGAAUGGUUCUGUGGAAGUGACAUAUCCUGAUGGAAGAACAGAGAUACUGUGCAUGGGAAACAGUUUUGGUGUUUCCCCUACCAUGGACAAGGAAUACAUGAAAGGAGUGAUGAGAACCAAAGUGGAUGACUGCCAGUUUGUCUGCAUAGCCCAACAAGAUUACUGCCGCAUCCUCAAUCAAGUGGAAAAAAACAUGCAGAAGGUAGAAGAGGAGGGGGAGAUUGUUAUGGUGAAGGAGCACAGGGAGCUUGAUCGCACUGGAACAAGAAAGGGUCACAUUGUCAUCAAGGGAACAUCAGAAAGGUUAACAAUGCAUUUGGUGGAAGAGCACUCAGUGGUGGAUCCAACGUUUAUUGAAGAUUUCCUUUUGACCUACAGGACCUUUCUUUCCAGCCCAAUGGAAGUGGGCAAGAAAUUGUUGGAGUGGUUCAAUGACCCUAGCCUCAGGGAUAAGGUUACACGGGUAGUAUUAUUGUGGGUGAACAAUCACUUCAAUGAUUUUGAAGGAGAUCCUGCUAUGACUCGAUUUCUAGAGGAAUUUGAGAACAAUUUGGAAAGAGAGAAAAUGGGUGGACAUCUGAGGCUAUUAAAUAUUGCAUGUGCUGCUAAAGCUAAACGAAGAUUGAUAACAGUAACAAAGCCAUCUCGAGAAGCCCCUUUGCCUUUUAUCUUGCUGGGAGGGUCAGAAAAGGGAUUUGGAAUCUUUGUUGACAGUGUGGAUUUAGGUAGCAAAGCCACAGAAGCAGGCUUGAAACGUGGUGACCAGAUACUGGAGGUGAAUGGGCAAAACUUUGAAAACAUUCAGCUGUCAAAAGCCAUGGAAAUUCUUAGAAAUAAUACUCAUUUAUCUAUCACUGUGAAAACCAACUUAUUUGACUUACCAGACCAAGUUCUGAGGGUUUUCAAGGCAGACCAGCAGAGUCGUUAUAUUAUGAUUAGUAAGGAUACAACAGCAAAGGAAGUGGUCAUUCAGGCAAUUAGAGAGUUUGCUGUAACUGCUACUCCCGAUGCGUAUUCUUUGUGUGAAGUCUCUGUCACUCCAGAGGGUGUAAUCAAGCAAAGGAGGCUUCCAGAUCAGCUAUCCAAGCUUGCUGAUAGGAUACAGCUAAGUGGCAGGUAUUAUCUGAAAAACAACAUGGAGACAGAAACAUUGUGUUCAGAUGAAGAUGCUCAGGAGUUACUGCGGGAAAGUCAAAUUUCCUUACUGCAGCUCAGUACUGUUGAGAUGGCUGCUCAGCUCUCCAUGCGAAACUUUGAGCUGUUUCGUAACAUUGAACCCACAGAGUACAUAGACGAGCUGUUUAAACUCAAAUCUAAAACCAGUUGUGCUAACUUGAAAAAGUUUGAAGAAGUGAUAAACCAAGAAACAUUUUGGGUAGCAUCUGAGAUUCUAAGAGAAACCAAUCAGCUAAAAAGAAUGAAGAUCAUUAAACACUUCAUUAAGAUAGCACUGCACUGCAGGGAAUGCAAGAACUUCAACUCCAUGUUUGCAAUUAUCAGUGGCCUGAAUUUGGCACCGGUUGCAAGGCUCCGCACUACUUGGGAAAAACUUCCAAGCAAAUAUGAGAAGCUGUUUCAAGAUCUUCAAGACUUGUUUGAUCCAUCUAGGAACAUGGCAAAAUAUCGUAAUGUCCUGAACAGCCAAAACCUACAGCCUCCCAUUAUUCCUCUCUUCCCUGUUAUCAAAAAGGACCUUACAUUCCUUCAUGAAGGAAAUGACUCAAAAGUGGAAGGCUUGGUCAAUUUUGAGAAGCUGAGAAUGAUUGCAAAAGAAAUUCGUCAUGUUGGUCGAAUGGCUUCUGUUAACAUGGAUCCUGCUGUAAUGUUCAGGACUAGGAAGAAGAAAUGGAGGAGUUUGGGGUCUCUCAGCCAGAGCAGUACAAAUGCAGCCGUGUUAGAUGUUGCACAAACAGGGGGACACAAAAAGCGGGUACGUCGCAGCUCCUUUCUCAAUGCCAAAAAGCUGUAUGAAGAUGCUCAAAUGGCACGAAAAGUGAAGCAGUACCUCUCUAACUUGGACCUGGAAAUGGAUGAAGAGAGCCUCCAAACACUGUCUCUGCAGUGUGAGCCAGCCACCAACACAUUACCGAAGAAUCCAGGGGACAAACGGUCUGGGAAACAGGAAACGUCACCAGUGGCACCUAGGGCAGGAAUUCAGCAGAAGGUGCAGCAACAGCAUAAAAUAAACCAAGCAUUGCAGGUCCCUGCUGUGUCCCUCUAUCCCUCUCGCAAGAAAGUACCAGUGAAAGACCUCCCACCAUUUGGCAUUAACUCCCCACAAGCUUUAAAAAAAAUUCUUUCAUUGUCUGAAGAAGGAAGUUUGGACCGUCACAAGAAACAAGCUGAAGACACAAUAUCAAAUGCAUCUUCACAGUUGUCUUCUCCUCCCACAUCACCACACACCUCUCCAAGGAAAGGUUAUACUUUGGCUCCCAGUGGCACCGUGGAUAACUUUUCAGAUUCUGGUCACAGCGAAAUUUCUUCCAGAUCUAGUAUUGUCAGCAAUUCUUCAUUUGACUCCAUGCCAGUGUCACUGCAUGAUGAGAGGAGACAGAGGCAUUCUGUCAGCAUUGUGGAGACUAAUCUUGGUGUGGGGAGAAUUGAUAGAAGAGCCAUGAUUGAACCAGAUCAAUACAGCUUAGGUUCAUAUGCACCACUGUCAGAGAACAGAGGCCUGUAUGCUGGAGCAACUGUGCUUUCUUCUCCCAGUACAGAAGAGCUCUCACAGGAUCAGGGGGAUCGCACUUCACUUGAUGCCGCAGACAGUGGCCGUGGCAGCUGGACUUCUUGCUCAAGCGGUUCUCAUGACAACAUACAGACAAUACAACACCAGAGAAGCUGGGAGACUCUUCCUUUUGGACAUGUUCAUUUCGAUAGUUCAGGCGAUGGGGCAGGAUUAUGGGCCUCAGGCAGUCAUAUGGACCAGAUGAUGUUCCCCGAUCAUGGCACAAAAUAUGGCAGGCAGAGUCAAGGUAGGGAGGGCCUUGAUCAAGCACAGUCCAGAGCAAGCUGGGCAUCCUCAACAGGCUACUGGGGAGAGGACUCAGAAGGUGAUACAGGUACCAUAAAGCGGCGGGGUGGGAAGGAUGUUUCAAUUGAAGCUGAAACCAGUAGCAUAACAUCUGUAACAGCAGAGGAGUCAAAGCCAGCUCCCAUGUCCUCUCAUAUAACUGUAUCAUCAAGUAGUGCAAAGGGGCUUAUUGCACGAAAAGAAGGUCGAUAUCGAGAACCACCUCCAACUCCCCCUGGUUAUGUAGGAAUACCUAUUGCAGACUUUGCGGAAGGAGUUUCCCAUCCAACUAGAAAACCUCCGGAUUACAACGUAGCACUUCAGAGGUCUAGGAUGGUAGCACGGACAUGUGAGACCCAUGGGACUUCAACUUUGCAGCAGCAAUCACAAGGUCACUCAGCUAGCAGGCCUGUGAACAAACCUCAGUGGCACAAACCAAAUGAGUCAGAUCCACGUCUUGCUCACUAUCAGUCUCAAGGGUUUUCCACAGAGGAGGAUGAAGAUGAACAAGUCUCUGCCGUCUAAGAAUUGGGGCUUUUCUGGAUCCAGAGUGAGCCACCUUAAAGGAGAGCACAAGAAGACGUCCCUAGUAUAGGAGCCUUGGAACUAUAAUUAAAGGAUGGUAGACCUAUUUGCCUCCUUCCCUGCCUUAAAGCAGCAUGGGGCUUCUUCUCCCCCAUUCCUCCCCCCUUUCCCCUUGCAUGUGAAAUACUGUGAAGAAAUCGCCCUGGCACUUUUCAAACUGUGUUGCUUGAAAUGCACAGUGCAGCAAUCUCCAAGCUACCACUGUCGCUGUCUGCCACAUCACACAGUAUCAUUCCAAAUUCCAAGAUCAUCACAUCCUUAACUCUGGCUGCAUUUCCCAAUGCCUGGAAGGGUUUUGAAAUCUUCCUUUUAGAUUUUAAUCAUAAUCCUAGCACUUUAUCUCAUUGGGAUAAUGAGAUAUGCUAGUUGUCAAACGACAUUGAGCCUUUAACAUACAAAGAGAAAAACACAUUGAAAUCCUUCAAGUAUACAGUGCUUGUUUGCUUGUUUACAAUGCCUUUGUUACAGUGCUGUAUGUUGUUGUGUUCAGAAAGCAAAUGUUACACCUGCAUAAUAAUUACAGUAUUAUUUCAGACUUUUUAGUAGGGUUGCCAGCCUGGGCUUCUAAAAACAAAACUGAUAUGGCUGAGCAGGGCCGAAUGGAAGGCAGAAAGGGUUUUAGGAUACAGCCUUUCAUUGACCACCUAGCUCCACUCUUAAAAUGCCCCACCCUGGAGUCUUAGAAAGUUUGUAAAUCAUAGGAUAGUAUUUUGAAAUGGGUCUAGCACCAAUGCAGUGCUAAAUGCUUGCAACUAUCUAAUGGGGGAAAACAGGACAACUUGUAUAGUUUGUACCAUACAAUUUGUAUACCUGUGCCUUGUGAAAUACAGGAUGGCAUAGUUUUUUUGUUUGUUUGUUUGUUUUUAAGUCCUAUUCAAAUGAGACAGAUGGUAAACCCCACCUUUAAAUUAUUUUUUUGUCUUACUAAAGUUAGAAAGUUAGUUACUUUAAGAGAAAAAUGAACUGGAUAACAUUGCAGUGAAGGCAAUUUGGGAUGUCACAGCUAAUGUCAGCUGUUAUUUCUGUUCUAAUAAUCUCUCUCUAUUGACUUGGCAUUAGGGAAUAAACAAGCCUUUAAAUUAUGAAAAAACACAUUUAGACACGCGAGCCUUUGCAGUGCAGAAAUAGUCACAAUUGUUAAUGGCUUUAUGGAACACUGCAUGUGUAGAAAAGGCCAAUGUGUAGCAACCACCUGCUCACAGCUGCUAUUAACCCUAUAAUGACUGAAAUGAUCCUUCCCCUCUAUUUUUGUGUUGUUUUUGCACAGACUCCGGAAAAGUGAAGGCUGCCAAUCCAAGUAGUACUCAAAUGUGAGGAACUGCUGGUCUUGGUUUUUUGUUUUUUUUUCAUUGAACUCAGCUGAUCAUAUUGAUCAGUAGAUAAACGUAAAUAUCUUCAACUUUAAAAAUCAAAUUGCAGUGUUUUUUCACUGUAUCAAACAAUGUCAGUGCUUUAUUUAAUUAUUCUCUCUCUUGUAAUCAUGGCUUUUGUCUAUUUGCUUAUAUAUCACAUUGUCGAUUAUGAAUUUGUAAUUUUACAUGUAAUAUGCAUUAUUUGCCAGUUUUAUUAUAUAGGCUAUUGACCUCAUGUGCAUAUAGAAAGACAGAAACCUAGCUCUAUCACAAGUUGCACAAAUAUUAUAUAAGCAUUAAGUAACUGUAGACCAUAGGACUGCUAAUCUCAGUUCACUCUGUGAUGUCAAGUGCAGAAUGUACAAUUAACUGGUGAUUUCCUCAUACUUUUGAUACUACUUGUACCUGUAUGUCUUUUAGAAAGACAUUGGUGGAGUCUGUAUCCCUUUUGUAUUUUUAAUACAAUAAUUGUACAUAUUGGUUAUAUUUUUGUUGAAAAUGGUAGAAAUGUACUAUGUUUAUGCUUCU